ACCUCCACCCUCACAGAUGCAGACUGUGUGUGUUUUACAUCAGCCGGGAUCAUUCCAGCUCAACUUCUCUGUCUCAUGCAGGCUUAAAUCAGAACUUCCACCGGACACUCAGAGCUUGGUAUGUACCCUUUUACCCACGUUUGAAGGAAUUUGUCCAACUUGUAUGCUAAACAACUUUUAAGAAGCUUGUUUACUUCUUUUUAAUACUUUGUCUUGCAGUUGUGUUGCCUUCAGUUUCAAUAGAAGGUCAGACACACAACAAGAGUAGUAACUGGUCCCAUGUGACCAAACUUGUGCAACACAGUUAUGAAAUGUGUCUUGAACAGAAUUCAUUGUGUGCCUGAGGUACCACUUAGGUUUUGUGGAUACUGUGUGGAUAUUUAUUGGUUGCCAACAUCCGUGUUGGUCGCACUGGAUGUCAACUCUGCAGCUUCUGUAGCUAGCUGAGUCUUAUCUGCACAGUGUGGAGCCAAGACAAUACAGAGCUGAUAGUGUAGGUCACAGGUUCAUGUGCAGGUAGAAUGAUAAUGCAUGUGUUUGUGAGGGGACUCAAAGAUGUUUUACCUUUAUAUUCCUCAGAUAAGGUGACCUUUAUUCAACCCCAACAGGGAACCUGGUCAAGAUAGCAAAGGACGAAGAAAAAGGACACAUUUCACAGACAAAAAAAAACAAAAACAAAGUAUUGCUGAUGAUUUAUUUCUUAAUAUCACUCAAAGGAGACUGAAAGUAUAAUGACAGGUGUCCAGUUUCAGUUCCUUCUUCCUCAACUUGUAAUUCAGCUGAGUGCUUUUCCACUUCUGACCUUUCCUACUUUGAUUUUCAUUUUCAUUUCACAGAAAGGGUACUGCACUUUAGCAUUUAAUGAUGGCUACUUGUACAAUACUAAAAUGCUAAAUGGAUCCUUGGAUAGGUUUGACCAGUAAGAAUGCAGCUUGUGUUUACAGGGAAGAGGGAGGGAGAGUCUGUUAAAAGCACAACAUGGCACAGAGGUGGUCACGUGACUCCAUCGUUGUUGUUUUUUACACUAUGCAAAUAUGCGAUUUUGUUCCCACAAGAUAAGCAUUAACACCACAAGGUUAUCCUGCCCUGAGCGAGUAGGAACAAAGUAUUCUCAAGGAGGGUUUUUUGGCUCUAAUUUCUAAUUAACUCAGUCUCAAGAAGAAUUUUGGACAUGGGAGGGCUUUUUCUUGACAGAGGGCUGAUUAACUUUGACUUAAUGCAAAUAAACGCUUGUUAACUGCCUGGGUUCAACACACCAGUUCUUUAAACCAACGCUAUCAUAUUUAUGAGUUUUCAAUUUAUUUUAGCUGUGUCUAUCACUUUUUUUCUAACUGGCCCAACUACCAGCAAACAAAUGUCAGUAAUUACAUUUAAUUUAGUCCAAAUUUAGUCAAAAAGGCACAAACCUGCACCUUAGUGAUUAAAAAACUAACACCAUUUAAGUAUGUCUUUUAUGCAAAUAUGCCUUUAUAUUUGCAGUCAAAGCAGAGCUAGGAAGCCUAAAACGUUUGUUAGCUGUUGGACGUUUUUUACUCCAUUGCAUCAGAAGAAAUCUAUCUUAACAGCAAAAGUACAAGUAUCACACAGAAACUAGCUUGUGCAGCUCCUGCUGACUUCUAAUAUUAGCUAAAGCUACACCAGAGUUAUUAUCCUUUUCACCUCUAUUUCAAGUAAAAACAAAGCCUGGUAUGACUCUUUGAAAAUGUGUGAUCAUCUGACCAACUUUGUCUGUAGAUGCCAAAAAAACAAAGGGUGACUUCAGUUCCCCAUGCACAGACUCAAAUCUCCCCUACUGUUUAUUACUAGAGGAAUGACAGCUGCAGGCAAUUAUAAUUUUGGACAAUUUCAUAAUCAGCCUGAAAACUUUCAGCAUUCUUUACCAAACUUCACCGUCAUUACAGCUCUUUGCCUUUAAAAGUUUUCUUUUUUAACUGUUCAUUGUCACGACACCAUCACAAACUGUCUCUGCUGUGUCUGAAACAUGGAAACAUCUGCAUAGAGGACUGCCAGUAUGUUAGGUGAUAUGAGUGUCUAAUAUGUUUAUAUUUGUCUGCAGAGUUUUAUCAGAUUCAGAUGAUCGUUUCCAGAUGUUUUCUACCUGUUUAGGUACUGAGUUCAGAAAACAAGCACCCCCAAGGAUUGUACCUUCUAUGCUGUUUUCUUCCCAUUUCCAGGGGAACACAUUGAACUUGUUAGCAUCAGUGUUUUUCCAUUUUGGAAAUGUUCAUAACCAAGUCUGCAUCAAUACAAAAUGUGACAUUUUUUCAUUUAUUACAGCCUCAUGUGCAAACACUGAGGAGCUAAAAAAGGCUGUAGGGUCAAGAAUAUUGCUUACUAAAAUCCCCACAGUCUUAUUAUUUCAUCCAAGUCUUAGAACUUCUCAGAAUAACUGAAUAGUGUGAAUUGAAAUGACAUCUUACACAGGUUACUAUGAUUGUAGUGGGCUAGGUAUACAGCCUCUGUCAGUUGAGGUUAAUGUGUUUCCACAGAAAGAUGCCUGCCCCAAGAAUGUUGGUUAAAGGGAUUCCUUUUUUCAAGUGAAGUUGUCUGAGGAACUUGUCAAUAUUAAACACACUAGCCUCUGAAAAUCUGAGUCAGCUUGGAGUCUUUGUUGAGAAAGCAGAAAAAGAACUGGAGCAGCUGAGAAGGCAGGACAUCAUCAGUUGUACGCCACUUUUUUACUCCACUAAACGGUAAAACAAUUCUAAGUCAUGACUCGGUCAACACCACAAAACUUAAGAUUUAUAAUGCACUAAAGUAACAGGUGACUUUUAGAUUCAGCCCUCUUUAGGCAUCAGCCAUUCUCACCUGCUUUUAGGCUCAUGCUGGAUGGUUAAAAUAUUGGCAAACAUGAAUAUUAGUUCUUAUCAUUGAGAUAAAAUCUCAUAAAAACACUUUUUGAGGGUGUAACAUAAUGUGAUGAAGAGGCCGGUGGCAACAGUCAAGCUAACAUUGACAUAGCAGCAAUGUUAAUUAAGAUUAACAGUAAUUAAAACUAUAGAUCUAUCAGUAGAGGGCUUUUAAUCAGAGUGCUCCACAUAGAUUCAUAAUGCAAGAAAUGAUAAUACUUUACAACAAUUAGACACUGUACAAAGAUAUUAAAAACAUAACUAGCUAGGGCUGUCACGGUAUACCUAUGCUUUCUUUUUAAUACAGUCAAGUACUGGUGAAAUGUUGAUACUAAAAAUAAGCAUACAGUAAUAUCGUGAGUUCAAAGUUGGGUUCCUUUGCACUGGUUUGUUUGUCUUUUACAGAGAGAAUAGACCAAAAAAAAGAGUGCUAGAAAGCUAGCAGUAGCACUCCUCUGGGAGAGGACUUGGCACUUUGAAAAAGUGACUCAUGCUUUUUUUAUUCUUCUUUAGCUGUUUUCAUUCAGUUCUGUGACCCAUCUGCUAGAAGCAAUAGCAUAUACUUCAAAAUAAAAGCACAGUUUUACAAUGCAGGCAUAAGGCCAUAAGUGGAAAGACAGAAAAAUAUCAAAAUAAAAGCAUGAUAGAGGUCAAGGAGGUUAUGUGUUACUUAAAUAAGUUUCCAACCUCGUCUUGCCUUUCCUCGUGUUGCUCUUCGACUUACUCCUUGUACUGUCUUUUUUAUUUGUUUAUUAGUUUGUAAAGUCAUGUAACGAUGACAAUGUGAAGAAUCACAUAAGAGAUGUUGGACUUCUGAUCAGUAGCAUUUUAAAAGCCUUGAGUUUCCCACCCAGAGUGUGACAUCAGAGGUAAAUAGCAGCUGUUUGAUAAUGCAGUCUUGUCAGAUAAGGUUUGUUCAGUUAUCACAGAGAUGGGUCACUUGUCAUCACUUCAGUGUACUCAUCAGAAACCCAAGUCCAAUAUAAUGAACUUUGACCAACAACACCAAGGACAUCAAAUGCAACAACUUUUAGCUUCAAUAAAUAACAUUAGGUGAGAAUAAAACCUAUUAAAGAUACAAGAGCUUUUAAACAAGUAUCCAGCAGAUCACCUCUGUGCGCUGAUAUAUAUGCUUUUUUUGGUAUGUUUUCAGUAGGGCUAGCAGUGAAACAUUUGAUGAUUCACAUAAAAUCUCACCUAAUGUGUUUUCAUUAAACAACUGUGCUUCAGAGGAAACAUCUGUACAUGCUGUCUAUAGAAAAGGGAAGGAAAGAGAGACACUUUCCUGGCAGGACUUUGCUCUUCAAGUGAAAAAGUGACAGGGUACACUCUGAGUUCGUUAUGUAUCAUGUCUGUCAGUAUCCUAGCAGCUGAUUCCUGUGAAGCUUCUGGAAAAACAGUCUUCUAAGGAUGAAGAAACAGUAUACCAGCCACCUACGCCAGCAGAGUCAUCACACUGAGCAACUUUAGUACAUUAUCAGAGAGAGCAUUUUGGAUGUCAUCAUGAAUCAUCUUUUUUUUUUUUUAGCACCAAUUCACGAUCAAUGUUAACUCCAGACACUUAAGAGGAGGAGCAGGUCUAGACCUUUUUUUUUUUUUUUUCUUUUUUUACAAAGCCUCAUCAUCAAGAAAAGACUGAGUCUAAUCUAAUUAGAUAAGACCCAUUCUUAUCUUAAUCCACCAGGAGCAGAGAACUUUGCAACAGUUACUGAGUCAAAGUGGAGAGGAAAAACUUUCCUCAAACAGGCAGAAACCUUGAGCACAACUAGACUUAUGUUAGAGACAACAACAGCUUAUUCAGAUGUAUGUGUCGCAAAAGUUAACAUAUAAAAUAACCGUGUGUAUUACUAUCAGGAACUGCAAAUGAAUCAGACUAGUCUAGUAGUAGCAUUAGUAAUAAUAGAGUCGGGUUAAGAAUGAUGAUAUCAAUUACUAUCGCAGUUGAAGUCAUGCCAUUUCGAAAAUAACAUUUGCAUUAUAACAGUGAUAAUAAUGGUUAGGCUGGUAUUUAUAGUCAUAACAGCUGGAUUCAGGUCCAUAGCAGAAGACCAUCUGCAGCAAUGAUCCAGAGGAGGAUUUAAAGUUGGUAGCAUGCAGACAGAGUGAGGAGAGAGAGGGGAAGACAGGAGCUCAGUGUGCCGUCCACUUGGCAGUCUAAGCCUGCAGCAGAAAACUAAGAGCUGGUCCAAGCCUGAUCCAGCUCUUACUACUUUUUUCCUGUUUGAAAGAUUAAUUUUCCAUCCAAAGCAUUAAUCCAGCUGUGAACAAUUCAAACCCACGCUGAAACUAAAUAUGUUAGAGUCUGACCGCAUUCAAUAACACUAUGAUGUUUUGUCUCACCCUCAUUAUCUUUAAAUAUGAUCAAUUAGGUGACGUAAAACUUGUUUGUAUUCUCAAACAUGCAGUUUUCUUUUUCCACAUCAUAGAUUUUUUUCUCAUCCUUUUUUCAUUCUUUGGGAAAAAUAAUAGUUAGGGCCUAUGCUCACUGAUAGGUAUUUUUGCUUGCACUGGCGAAGCCCAUUUUCUCUACAAACCAAUCCAGUUCAGUGUUGACAAUGCUAUGUAUCCAAGGUUCAAAAAGCUCCCUCAGCAUAAACUUGGAUUUGUCUGAGUGCUCUUAGUUGACAGUUAGUUGAUCAUUAACCAAUCAAAAUCAAGAAUUCGUGAGACCUUUGGUACUAGCUACACCCACAAAAAUGUUGAGAAGCUUCUGUUGCUAUGACAAUUUCUAUUAAUGAUAAAAAAAAAUCAGCUGAAUCGAAGCCAAAGCAAAGCAUAAGCAAUUCAAAUGGACCCAUCAGUUCCACAAGUUAACUUUUUUAACCUAGAAACAGCAAGUGCUGGUAGGUGGUGCUUGGAGAUUGACGGCAUGGGUGCUGCCAGUGAAAAAACUGUUAGUGGACACAGGCCCUUACAGUAUCACUGUUUAAGGCCCUGCCAGCACAUACAAAAUAGUAAUGCUGAAACUUUAAAACGCUGUCCCUCAUGCCUCUAACAAUAGUUUCACUUAGAGAGUUACAAAGGGAACAAAAAGGAAUGAAACUAAGUUUUGGCUUUAGUCCAUUUGAAAUUAAAAAUACUAGAACAAUACAAAAACUCUAUAAUAAGAAAGCAAUAACGUAACAUAUAAGGAAAAUAUAUUUAGAUUUUUAGUGGUUUGUUAGAUGGAUGCUACAUUUGUUCAUAUAUAUCAUGCCUUUAUACUUAAACUUGACUCUGGUUUGUUAAAUUGAAUGCUGUUAGCUUGUAUAACCAGUAUUAUGCAUACAACGGAAACAUGUCACUCAACCUCUGUCAGCAUAUCUAGACACCGUCUUUCUAAGUGAUGGCAUAUCAUUAUCAUUAUCAUAAUAUUUUCUUUAUUUUCCUAAAAUUGCUUCAUACUGAUGUCCCCUUAUCAAACUUUAAGGGGGAUCUACAGGACUGCCACUUGAAAUCUGAUUGGUCACCCCCGGUGCCAUCCCAGAAUCCCAAACUUACUAUUUGCCAUUUCUCUUGUGAAGAGUAUGACUUAUGUUACAAUAAACCAUAUGGGCUGUGUUAAAAAGAGAUUGCUAGUAAUUUGCUUCCCGUUUCCUUUUGUAUGUGUUCAAAAAGACCUUAAGGUCUUUCAAAGCUUUUAAAUCAAACGAAACACGUUUGAUACUUGAAUUUUAAAAGUUAAAACAGACAAAAGUGGAGUCAUAAAGGGUGUGUAUCUGCAAAAAUACUUAACACCACCCCGUACGUCCCCGUUGGGCCACCCUGGUCAUAAAUUAUACAUUUCUGUUUGUUUCAAAGAUUUGCAUUAAAUAAUUGUUUUUAGAACUUAUCUCAAUCACCCUACACUCCUCUUGUUUGCCUAUUUUGAUUGCAAACUGUGAAUGCAGUGACAUUUAAUGGGUAUAUGAUUUGUAUUCCUGUAUGUGGAAGGCACUUAAAGAGAGGCUGUCAUGUUUUUGCUCCCUCAUUACACAAUGUUAACAAUUGACAACUUCUCUCUGCAACACGUAUCACUGAACUUCUAACAGAGCUCUUUGCAUGUUAGACUUUGCAAAAGAUAUUGCAGUGAGCUCAGCAUCAUGAUCAGGACCUUAUUUAAGGCUCUGGAUUAAAUCAGAGGGCCGUAUUAAAGCCAUUUCUAGAUGCUUGUAAUAUGUUUUGAUUAUGAGAUAGCUUAUGACAGUGGUCGACUGGAAUGCAAGCUCUACGAUUAUCCAGUUGCUGAUAGUUACAAACAUCGAAGAUAAACAUUGUAAGACCACUUAAAACACACAGAGUUUUGUGCCGUAUCACCGAACAGCUGAAGAAAUUAACUGUCUUUUUUGUAUUCCUCUUUAGGUGUUCUGAUAAUGUUUUGUUUGCAAUGUUAAUAUCUCAACCAUUUACUGAGGAGGGUAGAGACCUGCAGUGCUGGACAAACACAGACUAGGACUCCUGAGACUCCCUCUCUGACUGUCUGAAUCAGACAUGGGGAAAGUCUACUACAUCAGUAAAAAUGUGGGCCUGGGGCUGCUUGCUUUGGCAGCCAUCGCUCUGGCUACAAUCAUCGCUCUGUCUAUCGCCUACGAUAAGGAGAGGGCCAAGAAUCGAGGCACGUCUGGGGACGGAGCAGCAGACAGUACCAGCGUACCUUCACCCUCCACUACUCCUUCCACUCCAAAGGAGCCCUGGGACCACUACAGACUCCCCAAAUCCCUCAUCCCCUUUUCCUACAACAUAACCCUGUGGCCCCGGCUGAAGCCCAACGCAAAUGGCUUGUACGUCUUUACUGGACAUUCGUCUGUGCACUUCAGAUGUGAGAAGGAAACAGACCUCAUUAUCAUCCACUGCAACAAGCUGAACCUCACCAGCUUUGAUGGACACUUAGCUAAGCUGACUGCUCUCGCUGGAGCCACCGCGCCUGCUAUCCUCAAGUCCUGGCUUGUUGUGAAGACGGAGUUUCUGGUCCUUCAGCUAAGCAGCAGACUAACUGUUGGAGUAACAUACGCACUCUACACUGAGUUUUUGGGAGAACUGGCAGAUGACCUGGAAGGUUUCUACAGGAGUGAAUACACUGAGGAUGGGGUGAAGAAGUAAGUAUAACAUAAAUAUGCAACAUCAUAUCAAUCUUUACACUGAGGGUUAAUAUCAUUGCUGAUCUUCAUGUUGGUGAGACUUUGGAGUGCCUAUUUUGUGUUAAUGUUUAAUCUAAAAUUUUGCAGAGUUGUUGCAACCUCUCAGAUGCAAGCGACGUAUGCCAGGAAAGCCUUCCCCUGCUUUGACGAGCCAGCCAUGAAGGCCAUCUUUAAUGUCGACAUCAUCCACGACCGAGACACCGUGGCUCUGUCUAACGGCAGGGACAUAGGUUUGUUUCAGAAACAGUAAAUUCUGCCCUUUCAAGCUUUUAUUUUUUAAUUUUCAGUGAAAAUAAAACUGUAGGUAACACUUUAUUUGAUGCCUAUCUCUAUAACACAUUAUAAAUACAUGUAUAAUGCGUUAUAAUCAUGUUAUAGCGCUGUAUAACUAUAGUUAUGGACACUCAUAAAUGAUCAUAAUCCUUUAUAGCAAUAAUCAUAACACAUUAUAAAGCAUUUUACCAGGGCUUACAAGGUCAGGUAUAAUAAUGUGUUUUAACUGUUAACAACUCACUGACAACGCCCACAUAGAUAAUGCAAUGCACUGUUGUUAACAGUUAUAACACAUUGUAAUACCUGACCUUGUAAGUCAUGAUAAAAUGCUUUAUAAUGUCUUAUUGCUAUAAAGGAUUAUGAUCAUUUAUGAGUGUUUAUAACUACAGCUAUACAGUGCUAUGAUGUGAUUAUAAUGAAUUAUACAUAUAUUUGUAAUGCGUUAUAGAGAUAGGCGUCAAAUAAAGUGUUACCAAACUGUGCUAUCUAAAAAGAAUACAAAGGUAGUUUAAAUUAAGCAGUAUUUAUUUGUAAAGGUGGACUUUUUUAGAUGAAAAAGAGUCAUUGUAAGUAGUAAGGAACAUUGACAAAAAGAAAUUCAGCAUUUAGACUCUAUUAAUCCUAACAGAGUCUAACUCUUCCUCUCUCUGACCAGCCUCAGAAGACUCUGUCAUUGAUGGUGUGGCGGUCAGAAAAACAACAUUUGAGCCCACAAAGAGGAUGUCCACGUAUCUGCUGGCGUUUAUCGUCAGUGACUUCAUCAGCAUUCAGUCAACUCAAAGCGAUAACCUGUUGGUAAGAAAUGUUUGUGCCUUUUUUUAAUCCAUGUACAUAGAACCAGGGUUAAUAAUGACCAAAGUCAGAGGUCAUCUCACAUAGAUAUACAUACCCGGUUUAGACUGUUUAAAUCUUUAGAGAUUAUUUCUUUAGGGAAAUAAAAACUGUCCAAUUCUUUGCAGAUCCGAAUCUGGGCCAGAAGAAAAGCCAUAAAUGACAGGCAUGGUGAAUAUGCUCUCAACGUUACAGGGCCCAUCCUUCAGUUUUAUGAGCGGUACUACAACGCAAGAUAUCCGCUCUCAAAGUCAGGUAGGUCAACUUUGUGACAGCAUGUUUGGGCAACCCUUUUUCCUGAGGAUGGAAAUGCUCCCCCCCGUUUCCUGGCUUUCAGACAUUUUGAUCUUUGUUUGCUGCCUUUGCACAUUUGCCAUCAGACAUUUUCUCUUUUAUAUUGAAGGCUUUCUGUGUUGCUUUACUUGAAAGUGGCUUUCAGUAAUAGUGCAUGGCAGUACUUCAAGACACAUAAACCAGGUUUAUAUACAGUAUAUCGUGAAAACCCUCACUGAAGCAAUCUGGUAAAGUGGUGGCCAAGUCCAACAAGCAUCUAAAAUGCCACGACACACUUAAAAAAUAUAUCAUUUUUUAGCAAUCAUGUACCUCAGAGUCAAUGAUUCAGUGUCUUCAGUACUUUGACAUCCUGUUGAUUCAUUCACCAGUUCAUUAAUGAAACCAUGAACCACUAAACUGGAUGGUUUGAGGAAAUUUUCACCCUCCUUUGCUUCGUUUGACAUCAGUUCAUUUGUAAUGUUCAAUUUGUUUUCAUUUUAUCAAGACAGUUUCGAUUUCUUUCGAGUUUGAGAUGUCUUUUCCUUCUCAGAUCAGAUCGCUCUGCCUGACUUCCAUGCUGGGGCGAUGGAGAACUGGGGUCUGGUCACAUACAGUGAGACCUCUCUGCUGUAUGACCCCGUUAUGUCCUCCACUGGAAACAAAGAAAGAAUUAAUUCUGUGAUCGCUCAUGAACUUGCACACAUGGUAGGUCAUUCAGCAAAUGUCAUGAUUGCAUCAUUUGUAGAUUUUGAUAGAGAAAAUAAAAUAAAGUAAGGCAGCCGUCAUAACCUGGCCUUCACACUGAACACCUGGCUUUGUAAAGAAAACCCAUGACACAAUAGGAGGGGUUUGAAUGGGUCUGAAUAGCAGGGAGAAGCACAUUAGGGGCAACCAGAUCACACACAUCAUAUGGAAUUUAUCCCUUGAAAAGAGUCUGGCACACUUACAUAGUUUAUAAUUUCAGCUCACCCUGUGGCAAUGUGCCAAACAUGCUAACAUGAUCAGAGAACAUGCUGGAUAUCUAUUUACAACUUUUAUUCCAAGAAAGUUGUGAUACAGUUAAAGUAAUUAUUAAAAAAAGAGAUAUUGAGAGUUUGCAAAUCACUUAAACCUUUAUUUUAUUGAAAACAGGGAAAGAUGACCAAAUGCUGGAACUCAACACUUUUUGUUUGAUUGGGGAUAAAUGCUUAUUUUCUGUUUGAUACCAGCAAUACAUUCCUGAAAUGUUUCAGAUGUGUAAGCCACCCAUGCAAUGGGGACUUCUGCAUUCUCAUAACAUCACAGAUGAAGGGUGAUCUUUCUGCUCUGGGUAGCAGAGAAACCAGCAUCCAUGACUUCCAAAAAUAAUGUAAAGUUAAUUAUUUGUCAGACCUCAGGGUGUUUUUCUCCUUCUCCACAGUGCAUCUAAAUCAGGCUCAGGCACAAAAAGGUUGUCAGGGUUUCUUGUUUAUGUUUCUGUGUGGUUUCCUCUCUGAAUUGUACAGUUUUAACCUGCUUUUGUGGAUGAGCACUAAACCUCCUUCCACUGCUGAGAAACUUGGCCUCUCUGGUAUACUCCAUCAUAUAGUUGUAUAGUUAAUCUGUUGCAAAUUUAUCUCAUUAGUUGGAUGAUAUUCCUGCAAGAGUUUUUUAAACAUUACGAGAGAUAAAUGUUGCCAACCGCUUGCUUCUCUAGUUAUACCAAUUUUAGUAAUGACCACACGAUAGCAAUACACAGUGGUCCAAGGAGCCACAAGCCCAACCAAAAGGCCACUCUAUAGCCUCAAAUAAUGCUCAGAACAGCACCUAACUUCAUCAACAGUACAUAUAGGGUCCCAGCCAUAGUACUAGCCAUCAAACAUCUUUUUAGCUUUGCCUAACUUCUUUAGCAACGAGACUAAACCCAACUCACCUACUCUCUUCCAGCAGCUGCUUGUUUGUAUGGAGACCUCAGUUGAGUCCAUUACCGCAGCGGGGUGAUGCAGCUCAAGAAGGAACAUUUAUGAUCAUUACUUUAUCAUUUCUUUGAAGUAAUUAUCAUCAUAUUAAUCAUUUUGCACUGCAGACGCGGUAGUUCUUCUGCCUUAGCGUUCUGAUUGCAUUUCCAUGGAGAAAUGAUCAUAAAUGUUCCUUCUUGGGCUGCAUCACCCCGCUGUGGUAAUGGACUCGCCUGAGGUACAAACAAGUGGCUGCUGCAAGAGAGUAGGUGAGUUGUGUUCAGUCUUUUUGCCUAAGAAAUCAGGCAAAGCUAAAAAGAUGUUUGAUGGCUAGUACUAUGGCCCAGGCCCUAUAUGUACUUUUAAUGAAGUUAGGUGCUGUUCUGAGCAUUAUUUGUGACUAUAGAGUGGCUUUUUGGUUGAGCUUGUGGCUCCUUGGACCACUGUGUAUUGCUAUCGUGUGGUCAUUACUAAAAUUGGUAUAACUAGAGAAGCAAGCGGUCGGCAACAUUUAUCUCUCGACGGGUUGUCUAACUUGGUGUUGCAGUGUGUGUUUGACCCUUUUGCUUUUCAAAGAACGGCAACAAAACAAAGUUGAUGUUAGGACUUUCUGUGAAUGAAAAUGUUAUGGUUAAUGUGAAUGGGACAAGUAAGUAGGCUGAUAAUAACUCAAGUCUUCCCAACUGUUGAACCUGGAUGACUUCAAAACUUAGCAUGCUUCUAUUUUAGUUACUAUCCCGGUAAUAGUUACGAUCAGGUACCUCUCUUUCACCUUGUUGAGUUUCUAUUUCACAUGUUGCACUCACCAUGCAUAUGGCUUACUAAGUCACCAGGUCAGGGCACAACUAGAAAACCUAAUUCAGCUGAUCUAAGCAGAUGUCCAGGUUGGCAGCUCAUAGGCUUGAUAUGACUCAAGGCUUGGUCAUGUUAUUCCUUGAAUGUCAGCAUUCAGGUUCCAGUUAGUAUAGAGUUAAACAAAAUUCCCCUGCACAGAGGCGUGAAUUCAAGCUGAUCUUGUUCAUUUGAAGUGAAUCAGUGCUGACUUUACUAAAGGGUGGAAACAAAGGUUGUAACAUUAAUCUGUGGCUCAAGGAAACUCAGCCCAGCUCACCUCAUUCUUACGAGAAAUACAGUCAUGUUUUUAAAGCAUAAAUUUGGCCUGAAAACUCAACCUCCCUUCCCAAAAAGAAAUGACAGCUCAUCACAUGGGGACAGAUUAACUGUGCUCUAUUUUAGAUGUAUUAACGUCUGACAUCAUAACUUAUGUGAAAUUCUGUGGUUGGGAAUUUCCUAAAGCCUUUUCUUGUUUAUUUAUCCUUAAUCUCUCAGUUGAACUUUGACUGUGAAGUUUGCCAAAAUCUUAGGUUACCAUCAGACACUGUCAGCAUUGUUCACAGAAAUAUUAGCUCUUUGGAAAUGUACUGAGCUCAGCUGUGAUGUGACCGACUUUUCAGAGUUCUUCAUUUCUUCAUCUGUCAUGUGUUUUUAGUGGUUUGGAAACCUGGUGACUGUGCAGUGGUGGAAUGACCUAUGGUUAAAUGAGGGCUUUGCAUCAUAUGUGGAGUACCUUGGAGCUGACUACGCAGAACCCACCUGGAACAUCGUAAGAAUAAUGCAUCUACAUUCAAGUAUUAGUGAGCCCUGUAGAGCAAAAAAGCACUGUUACAUUUCAGAUCCUUAUUUUAGAUAAAUUAAGUCUUUCUAUGACCUUGUGGAGAAUUCCUGUUCUUAUUUUUCUGUCUGUUUGGCUGCAGAAAGACCAGAUCAUCCUGUAUGACGUGCACAGGGUGUUUGCUGUGGAUGCCCUGGCCUCCUCCCAUCCAUUAUCCCGCAAAGAAGAUGAGGUCAAUGACCCUUCACAGAUCAGCGAGAUGUUCAGCAGCAUCUCCUACAACAAGGUCUGACAUGAUUUGACAAUGCAAGAAGGUCCUUUAGAACCAUAAAAUAAAUUUGUAUUCAUAUUCUAACUUAUUGAUAUAUUUCUGAACCACAGUUGGCAAACUCAACCAUGUAAGCAGAUAAUGUGUUAGGGAUAUAAGUUAAACAAAAUAAAAUAGGUCUUCAUACAGGAAUCCAUGUUUUGUGUGUUUGGGGUUAGCAAUAAUUAUCUCCUUCCAUAAAAGACCAAACACCCACCAUUAGAGGAUGGAUGGAGCUGUCUUUCUGGUCAGCAUGUUAUGCAACCAUUAUUAUGGUGAAAUCCAUCAGCUCUCAACAGCUUACUUGUUAUGUUUGCUGGUUAGCUGGAAACAGGCUGGUAUUAAUGCCAAGCUAUUGAGUGGAAAGUUUGACAGCAAGAAGGAAAAAGGAAAAUGGGCUAUUUUGUGAGAGGACUAACUGAGGGAGGAGAGGUAGGUUACUGUUUUUGUCCACAGAAGAUGUUAAAGUGAAAACAAACUGGAAACUCCUCACAGUAGAUUUCAACUGUUUAUUAACAGAGCACCUUUGCAAUACUUUGUUUUACUUUCUUCUCUGGAUAAAAGGCGAAAUCCUGAGCUGUUCUGAGAAGUUCAAGCUAACCAAACCCUGUUGGCUUCUGUGUUUGUUGUUUUCAGGGGGCGGCGGUGCUGAGGAUGCUGUCCGAGUUUCUGACUGAGCCAGUCUUUGCAAGAGGACUCAGUGUGAGUAAAAACUCUUAUAUAAGGCAUUGCAAUUGUGUGCCUGUGUGCCCUUGUAUUGACGGUUCAAAUGGUUGACGGUUCAAAAAAACCUUAUUGCACUGUUAAUCUGACUAUUGUGUGGGAGUAAACCCCAGGAUUACAAAUUAUCUAUCUCCUUACACUUCCGAUUUACACUCUCCUUUGUGCAUUGGUAUCUGCUGUCAGCCCUCACUGACAACACAGGUCCUUUUAAUCUAAUAAUUUCUAAUAGUAGUGAAGUCCGUCACUGGAUUGGUGUGAAAUGAAGUGCAAUACAGAAAAAGCCGAAUGCUAAGAUCUAGAGAAAGGCCGAUUAAUCAGGCUUAUUAAUAGGAUUUUAUAAUAAUCCUCAAAAUCAGCAUCCGCCCUCACAAGGCCAGCAUCACAAAGAUCUUUUGACAACACCUUUUUCUAAUUCCCAAUGUUAUGAAAUCAAACAGUAACUGGCUACCCUUAAGAGUAAAUGAUGAAUUAUGUAUACAGUAAUGCAGUUUGGUAUUGCUUCUGACAGAAAUACCUGCCAUGUACUGAACUAUAUCGCAUAACCCAAUAUUUGAGUCUUUUUACCAAUUCACAAUAAAUUAAUCUACAACACAUCACUUGCCAUUUUAACCUGUACCUGUUACAGCUUUCACACUUCAAUGGCAGUAAAUCAACGUGUUGAUUAAUGGUUUACCAUCUGCUUUCUCUCCCCAGUCUUACCUGAACACAUUCGCCUUCAGUAACACUGUGUACACAGACUUAUGGAACCAUCUGCAGCAGGUUUGUAGAGCCAGUGACUCUUAAAGUCACACAUAUGUUGUGCAUGGUUCCGCUUUCCUUGUGUCUGUGUUCUUUUAAUUCCUGCAUAUCUUUGUUAACAGGCUGUUGAAGACACACCAAGUUUACACAUCCCUCACACUGUCCACGAUAUCAUGAACCGCUGGACUCUUCAGAUGGGCUUCCCAGUGGUCACUGUUGACACCCGGACCGGAAGUAUCACCCAGAAACACUUCCUGCUGGACCCAGACUCUGUGGUGGAGAGGCCCUCUGAGUUUAAGUAGGAAUCAGUUUUACAUCACCUGUAAGUUUAAUAUAGACAGUAAAUAAGGAGACUGAUUUCCUGAUCUGAUAGACAUCACUUGGAUGAGCCUAUUAUUAACACACCAAUCACUACUGACUGGAGCACAAUCAUAGCUGGCUGUUUGUUUGGACUACAGAUCCUUUAGGUUGUACUUGGACACAGUAGUGAUUUAAACCAACAGCUACCCAAGUUUAAAACCACAAUAACCUUUCAGCUCUGUCAUUCAGGGUCUGUUGGCAUCAUAAACAGGUUAUUACCUGUUUGUGUGGCAUUUGAUGCAGAAGAGUUUCAUGCCGACCUUGAAUGAUGUUGUUAUUUGGUAGUAUACAUGCUAAGCCUUGUCAGAAAAGAGUGCAAGACCAUAAUAUCAUUAUACCAUCAUCUCUCAGCAGACUGCGAUAUUUUCACUUUUUUUUUGUUGCUCCCUGGUCACUUUAGUGUAAAAAGAGGACAAUUUUGCCAAAAUGAAUGCAAAAUUACUUUUUAGAUAUCUGCCUAAAGCACCAACGCACAGCAUUGCUGUUUGUUCUGAGAGAAAUUUUCCAUUAUUAUUUUGGGAGGUAGGUGCUAUUCUUGUUUAUUGAUCUUUUUAUUUAUUAUUCAUCUUUCUUUUCUUUUUUUUUCUUGUUUGCCUUGAUCCGUUUCACUUUUUAUUGCUUCAAUUUACUUUGUGUUGCUCAUUUUUGUUGUUGCUGUACAAACUUAAAAAUAAAUCAAAAUUACUCAAAAGAAAAAAACAAUCCAACCAGAUGUGGGCACCUUUCAAAAAAAAUUGAACAGCCAAUAAAACUAUCCAGUGCUAUCCUAGGUGAGACAUUAGUGUAUGCAUCACAUUUUACUAUAUUUUAUACUCGUUAGUUAUUGUAAAUUUCUUAAAGGUUCAAGGGAGAAGACACAGAAUGUGUAAACCAAGUGGGGAUAAUGAGUGUCUGUUAUAAAUUUGAUUUCAGUCAAUCUGACAGUCUACCUUAACACUGAGAUUGCUCCAUUUUUUUUUCUUGUUCAAAUUAGUUUUUCUGUUUCUAUUCAAGUUACUCCUGGUAUGUCCCCAUUAAAUGGAUGAAGACGGGUGUGGAACAACAACAGUACUGGCUCCUUCAAAAGACAGGUAUGGCCUAGCAAACCCACCUGCUCCUCCCUAUAAGAUCCAGUCAACUAAAACUUGAAUUUCUGUAACAUCAAUAUUUUAACAGACACCAACAGUGAGAUGAGAGUGUCAGGGAGUGACUGGGUUCUGUUGAACACCAAUGUUUCUGGGUACUUCAGGGUGAACUAUGAUCUUGACAACUGGGAUCGUCUCCUCUCCCUGCUUAACAACAACCACCAGGUAAGUCACAAGUCACGGCUCUUCAAAAACCUAAGGAGGAUACUGCUUAGGACCGUAGUGUUCAGUCAAAUAAGCAUCAAACCAUCCUGAUGGAUCCUCCUAUGAAAGAGAAAGGACAUAUAAAAUAUGUUUUGAACUGAUUUUUAAAAAAUUUCUGUUCAUUUGCUGCCCUUCUGUUUGUGCACAAUAAGGGUUUCAGUGUUUAUUUUUAUGUUCUGGUUUAGCAAAUAUGAAAAAGUUGGAAAAAAGGUUUUAUCAGUAUUUUCUAGGGUUCUUUUCGCUCCCCAUGGGGCUUUGUUUUCUGUGUAUUUUGUAGUCAUGUUUGCUUAAUUUCUUCCAGGCUUUAUCAGUCGGCAACAGAGCACAGAUUAUAGAUGAUGCGUUCAACCUUGCGAGGUAAGGACAGCACAUACUGAGAGGACACCGUACUUUGUGCACUGUCACAGGUUAAUAAAAAAAUACAAAGGAUCUGUUCUCUUUGUGCAGAGCCAAAAUAAUCAAUACAACACUGGCCCUGAGAACUACCAAAUAUCUGUCCAAAGACAGAGACUUCAUCCCCUGGGAAUCAGCUCUGAGAAACCUCAACUAUUACAUCCUUAUGUUUGACCGCACUGAGGUUUAUGGAGCCAUACAGGUGAGUAUUUAUUUACUGCUCGGUUUAGUGUGGAUAUCCAACACUGUAACUCUCUCUCUGUGUUUAAGUAUGGAAUAGCAUGGAAAAGCUCUGUUUAUUUGGACUUGCCUUUGGUUAUGUCUGCCUAUGUCUUCUUUUGCUUAGCUGUCUUAAUUCGACUUCUGUCACAAUCUCUGUGAUUGGCCUUUUAUUUGUCUCUGGGAAACACUUUGUUUUGUCUGUUUUUAAGAGAUGCAUAAUUUAUUUACUUUUACUGACUGAACUUAUUUUUACCUUGUGACUCUUUUACUCUUCAUUCAGAGUGUAAGAUUAUAAAAGUGCACAUUAAUUCGCAAUAAAACUAUUGCAGCUAUAUUUGGUUUUAAUUUCAGGCAUACCUCAAGAAACAAAUCCAACCACUUUUUGAGCACUUCAAGGAGAUCACAGCAAACUGGACCAAAGAUCCCACAGGACACACUGACCAGUAAGAUCUUUAAUAUCAAAUAUUAAUUUUUCAUGCAAAAAUGAAUUUAAAAAUGUAAAACAGUGUGAUACAACUUCACUUUAAAAUAAACUUUAACAAACUCUAACCAUAUGCGCCCAAAUCAUGGACUGUAUAUACUAUGGACAACUUGAUUCCGCCUUCCGCCAGUAUACGGGUUUUAAGACAAAAAAUUAUUGGUGAUACCGCAAUUUUUCUCCACGUCCUGAAACCAACAUUGCGCAGUAGCGUUGUACACAUUCAGCCGGAAAGUUGCCAAGAGUCGUUGUGAUGACGUUCUGCUCAAACAGCGUAUCCCCUGGGUGAGCUACGCAAUCUUUGUACGCCCGUAGGCUGUAUCAAGCAUCAAUCAUAGAAAACAUGAACCCCCUUAUAACUUUUAAAAAUGGAGCUGUACAGAUAAAAGAGGACUUGAGCACAAACCUGUCGUUCAGUAACUACAUGUUAACAUCGCAAGCAAGGGGGGAGAAAAAUUCAUAUUCUGUGUAACAAAUUUCUGAAGUUUGUCCACAGCUUCAUAGGAAUUGCUGGAGGAGGCCUAUACUGCUUAUACUGCUCAUACUUAUGACCUAUACUGCAGCCCGUCACCAGGGGGUGCUGUUCUUGCGGUGGCUUCACCCAGCGAGGAGGCGUCCAUUCUAUAAACAGUCUAUGGCCCAAAUGUGAAGGCUGUAGAGAGGCCCCCUAUCUCCUGUCCAGUUUCCUUCAAUCCCACCGCUUCCGCCACACUAAUAAGCUACAAAGCCUACCCAAUGACCCAUAACAACCAUUACAAGUCCAACCUUUCAUAAAAAUAGGACUUCAGGUGACAGACAACCUACCGGCAAUUCUAGGUCCGGGCAAUCUCAAGAAAGCCCAACAUUUCCCCCCAGUAUUCUGGGUUAACUCCCCCUCCAUACUAGCUCUUAUAUCCCAUCACAAAAGUAAGAAACGAGGAGAAGAGUCUGUGCAGAGAUGAGAUGUUAUAAAGGGGACAGAGAAGGCAGAGUCAGAGUUAAAAGUCUGUUUGGGAUAGAGCUAACACCUGCUGGGGUAGGCUGUAUGCUCAACCUUGCCCCACAUCCCUGUUUUAUGAAGAAAGAGCAGAAAAGCAAGAGAACAGAGAGAAAAACUUUUGGACAAAUAUGAAAAACAGGACAGGGAAGAUGCAGCCAGAUGAGCCCACCCAAACCAGGUUAGACUGCACACUCUACCUCACCCUCCUCUUCCAGAAGAAAGACAGCACAGAAGGAAAGGAAAAAAGUCUGUACUGAGGUGUUAGUGAAAAGACAGAGGAGGUAGAAUCAUAAUGAGGGCCUGUUUGGGCUGAAGCUCAUCCCCACUGUGAAUAUCAGCCUAUACUCAAGUUAUGUUUUUUUUACUUUGUCACAACAGGGCUUUUUUCCAGCUUCUUAAUGCAUGUCUUAUUCUUCAGGUAUAAUCAGGUCAAUGCUAUUGGAAUAGCCUGCAAAACAAACGUGAAGGGUUGCAGGGAGCUGAUCAAAGGCUGGUUCAGACAGUGGAUGGAAAACCCACAGCACAACCCGUAAGUACAGAAUCAUAUAAGAGGGGUUAUCUUUGUUCAAUAUUUAUCCUUUACAUAAAGGUGGCUGCUAGACUGUUUGUGAAAUCUGCAUUAAUUCACUUUGAAAUACAGAAGUACAGCUGUAUUAACAUGAGCUGUGACUGUGUAGCAGCUUACAUACUGGUUGUCCAUGUUCCAUAUUUACAUCCUAACCUGCUUUAUGUUUAUCCUCACUGUUGACUAGCAUCCAUCCGAAUCUGAAAGGCACAGUUUACUGCCAUGCCAUAGCGAAUGGUGGAGUGGAAGAAUGGGACUUUGCCUGGGCAAUGUUCAAGAACGCCACUCUGGCAUCUGAGGGGGCCAGACUAAGGUCGGCCCUGGCCUGCGCCAAAGCACCUUGGCUCUUGAACAGGUAUGUGUGUGUUCAAUCCAGUUUUGUGGGAACAGCCUUAUUCAUCAAAGGAACUUUGUUUGGGGGGUUGGUUUGCAGGAUUACAGACAAAUACUAUCCACUGUUUUUUUUACGGAACUUGUGGAGAGAUGUUGUCUACUGUGGAUCAACAGAGAACCCACGGCAUUUACUUUAUUUGAUUAUAUCAAAUAGUGGGCAGAGUAGGGAACUGGGAGAGAGAGAGAGAGAGAGGGAAGUGACAUGAGGGGAAGGAGCAAAUAUAUAUGGGGCACGCUUAGACCACUAGGCCAGUGGGGCUCUAAAAUGGUUCCCUUGUCAUGUUCAUUCAUUUCCCUUUUUUUGUUUACUCUGUUUGGAACUGUCUAAAAUUGGCUUGGUAUUCUGUCUGAACUCCUAAAGUUCAAUUUACUUGGGUAUUUUCAGGCAGUAGGCAACUUUAACACAAGGAUAACUUCAACAUUGACUAACGGCAGCUGAUUUCCUCCUAAAACAAACAUUCAAAUAAUAAAACAACUUCUUCAGUGACAUGUUUCUGGUUGAUUCAGGUAUCUGGAGUACACUCUAGACCCAACCAAGAUCCGAAAGCAGGACACCACCUCUACCAUCCAGGCUAUUGCCAGAAAUGUUGUGGGGCUGCCGCUGGCCUGGAACUUUGUCAGAGCGAGAUGGAACUACAUUUUCCAGCAGUAAGAGCUCACCACUUACAGGAGGCAGAAAACAAUAGCAUGAGCAUAAACCACGACAGCUCUCAGACUGCUGAGGAGCUUAUGGAAGAAAUAUGAUUUUCCAAGAACAUAUAGUGCCUUUUUUUAUCUGAAAGCCUGCUAUAAGGUGUUGAUGUAUUGGAGCCUUUUAAAAUGUAUAAUAAAAAACCACAAACCACAAGUUACUGCCACAUCCAACAGCAACACACUUUAUUAGCCUCUUGCUGCAGGCUUUUCUUUUUACAGCAAUAAUGAUUUGGUGUUUGUCACGGCCAGAUCCUUCUCAUUGAGCUGACUUUUUUUUUUUUUUUUAGUUAUGGAAAAGGAUCAUUUUCCUUCGCUGGUCUCAUCAGCGGAAUCACUUGGAGAUUCUCUACGGACUUUGAGUUACAGGAGGUAUUGAGCCCACACAGCCACAACCACAGCCAAAUACACUCUCUAAUUCUCUGAGGGUGAGCAGUUAAAAAGAAAGAAAACAAAUGUUCUCACUUUUUCUGUCUUUGCUUAUUUCUGUCUCUCCAGCUGAAGAAAUUUAAAGAAGACAACAUCCAUGCUGGUUUUGGCUCUGGCACCUUGGCUAUAGAGCAGGCCAUAGAGAAGACUGUAGCCAACAUCAAAUGGGUGAACGAGAACAAGGCCCAUGUGCUGAAAUGGUUUACUGAAGAGUCCACAUGAGGACGCUUGGAUGGUCUGAAUGACACACUGUCUUUUUGCACUGCCAGGGACAUGUAAUGAAUGACAAUCACUAUAAUCAUCAACAACAAAUGAGCGGCCUGUGACAGCUGGUUAGAGUUGUGCAAACACAACUGACGCCAUACAAACAGAAAAAAAGCCACAUCUUUGUGACAGUCCAUGGGCAGGAGCACAUGGACAAAUUCAUACCAGUGAUGUACAGCUAAAGACAUAACUCAAGCUUUUACCUCUAGACACUUUCCUGCAACUGGAAUAAUGAAGUAAAUGGAAAAAUCUUUGUUUUAUGGCCUUCAAAGUUAUCUGAAUUGUAAAUUCAUCGGGAGGCCAAAUCAAGCGGGAUAGCUGCCCAUUUUCCCAAAGUUAACCACUAGCUAAUAUGAGCCAAAAGUUCACACCCACAUCUUGUCAAGUCUUGUUUUAUUACACAAUUUGAAGCCCUGUGAAAAAGUUUUGACUCAUAUCCACUGUCACUGAGCUUGUCAGUUAAACUGUCUGUAUUAGUCUGAAGUACCAGUCGUCAAAUCUUGACUUUGACAAAUACAAAAGUGCUGCCCAAUUCAUUAGCAGAGUGCAUGUGGUCACGCCCACACUUUGGUCACAUUUUGCCAUGUGAGAAGAACAUUUGUCUGCAGUGUGUAAGUGUGUAUUGAGUGGCCAAAGUGGACAGGGAUUUCUAAAAGCAGUUGUAACACACUUGACAGUGACAGUGCAUCAACACUAAAACUGAUAUUAUUUUGUCAGAUGUUAUAUUGAUGCUGUAAUUUAAUCUCUCAUCUGUACUUCAGAUUUUCCAAAUUUUAGUAUGCUUAUUUUAAAUAAUAAGGAUAAUAUAACUUAUCAGGAUCCAUCAGAUACUGUGAUCUUUGCAUCCAUGAAAAGGCUGUUCUUUUAUACCCAUAAGCUGAUUGUAGUGUGUGGUUCAUAGUCACUUUAUAAAAAUAAAUUGUAACUUUUGUAAUUGCUGUGGACCUGCAGACACAUUAAUGUUAUCUAUGUAAUUUAAAUGUCUUCCUUGCAUUGAAGUUUCUUUGGUUGCAUCCUGUGGCAAUCUUACGGCUCCUAAUAAUAACUUAUGAACAAACGUCACAAGGAUUAUGCACUGAGGAAUAUAUACUUGGGCUAACACCACACAAUAGAGGUCUUACUAAAAGUCCAGAUAAAGUGCAAACCAAACAAGCUGCACUGCUGAUCGUAAGAGUAAUGGGACACAUUUGCAAAAAGACACUGAGCACAUGAACACACAGGCAAGUACCCAAGUGGAUAUAAAAACUAACUCACAGUAGCAGUUUUCAGGCAUUAAAAAAAUCACACCAGGGAGCUAUUGGUCUUAUUUGGUUUUGUAACUCAUACAGUGGCAUAAAUCGUAAUUUCAAUCUGUUUCAUAACCAGUUUAGGUAUAAAUCACUUCUCAGCUGAUACCUGGGAACUUUUUUGUAGUUGUCUGACUGUUAAUUAAUGUGUUAAAGUUACUUUCAUCUACGUGGGAAAAUGCCCAAUUCCCUCUGGGGUUUUAUUCCCCAUCGGCCUUAUGGGAGUGUUUCCAGAUAAUACAGCCUGUCAGACAGCAGUGGGAUUUUAAGGCAGCGUUUGAGCUUCUCACUUUCAGUUUGAUGAUGGACUACACAGCUUCCCCCUGAAUAUGGUGAAGAGUACAUGAAGUUGGGUCAUGGGAAAUAAGAGAUUUGCAUCCAAAGUCAAAUAAGUAAAAAGUGGGCAGACAUACAUUUACUCUAUUUACUUUCAUAUGAUUAAGAGUUAUUUUAGUUGUUUUCAGGGGUUUUUAACUUGAAUGUUGAUUUAAAUACGUAAUGCCAGCUCAUAAUGAAUGUUAUCUCAAGGUGCUUGACUGGCAGUAGGAUUUUUCAAUUAUCUUGAAGACCAAACAUGAAGAUAAGAUCAAAUCCCAUCUGAUUUUAUCUUAAUCUACAGUGAGCAAACAAGUAACAGCGCAUGUAGAAACUUCCUUUAACAGGUAUAAACUCUGAGCACAUCUAGAUUCAUGUGAACAGCUGUCUGUAUUCAGCUCAAAAACAGAGAUAGAAGAUGAAGAACAACAGAUAGAGCAAGACAAACAACCUCUCAUACUGAUGUAGGUGCCAGUAAUGAAGGUAAAAGUAUUUGAACUUUUACCCACAGAAAAAGAAAAUUAAUGUUAGUAGAUCAAUUAUAUUUUUUUUCUAGCAGUGAAAUAAAAAAAGGGGUAUGAAUUAAAUAAGAGUCCAGCAGUUAUAAAGUUAACAGCUGCUGGAGUCAGGUGGGUCCACAGCAGCAGGACGUAUACCGCAGUGAUCCAGAGGAAACCACCACCACAAGUGAGUUUAGAAGCUCCCAGGAAGAUCUGCUGUUACUAACUUUUACGAACUGUGAAGAAUCAGAAUCAGUGUUGUGCGAAUUAUGUGGUAUGAGCGCAUACAAAUCUUAAGGAAAAAAAACAACAACUAAAAUGAAAUGCUGUCAUGGGAAAAUGGAAUGAAUUAAAUAUAGAUCCAUAUCCACUGAGGAUCUCUGUAGCAGCUGGGCAGUAUUGUGAAAUUAUGUACAUUUAUAGCGUAUCCCUUUGUAUAGAAAACCCUGUCAUUAUGGGAGCCAAAAGACUGUUUUGCAUUACAUAUUUUGUGGUUGUCAGAAAACCAUUCAUGUUUUUUCUAUCUUUUAAUAUGACACAUACAUGUUGAUGCCUCCCAUUAUGUGUGAAAUGCAUUUGUACUAUGAAUGUCAGGCUUUAGGCCAGUUGCAGUGGAGCAGAGCAGCUUCUGUGUUCAUUGAUUUUUUAUCCUACAACUGACUGUCACCUCACAGGAUGUAGCCACUGACUUUAUAUACAAAAAUAAUCAUAACCUUGGAAAGUUUUAACAGUAAGUUUACAGCUCAGAUGCCUGAAGGCUGCACUGUCAGAUGGCCAGGAGGAAGCAGCUCCAUGGGGAAAAAAAGCCAUAUACUGUAUGACACAUGGACAUCUUCUCUGUGACUGUCACUGCUGACUUCUGAAAACAUGUUUUCAAGGCCAACCACGAUGGCUGACACCCUGUUUUAAGUAACUCACCUGACUUUUGACCAAACUGUACAGGCAUUUCAUGGCAAACAGCAACAACACUUCUUUUAUCUGUUCCCCUGAUUCACAUGUGACUCUUAACCCUGAUGAAAUAAAAACAUAUGUGCAUAAAACAGAAAAUAUCCUCCCCUGAACAGUAUCAUUCUGCUGUAAAAUUUGACAUUUUAAUAUUAAACCCAAUGGGAACUCUAACUUUUGUAGCUAGCCUGUGGACACAUGAGGAACUACAGUUUUUGUACUUCCCCAUUGGCUUUAUUUUCAACACUGUAGGUUGCUGCUUGUUGCUCAGCUGAUUCAUUGUGCCAAAUGGAUAAAUUACUGAUGAGUUUUUGGUUUCGAUUAUUCGCUGUUGUCUAAUAGCAAACGUUUAAGACAUAUGAAUUUGUUAGUUUUGUUAAUUUUUUAUAUUUGGUUUCUCACUCUCCAUUCUUGUGUAAGUUGCAGGUUCAUCUGAAACUUUUAAAAGAUGAGAUUUCAAGAUCAGUGUGAAGACGUAGCUGGAUGAUUUAAACACAUUUAGACCAUCUUUGUCCAUCUGGUUGGACAAAUUUGCUCUCCAGUGGCGGCAGAGAUAGAUUUUAUACAUACUGGUUAGGUCAGAAACUGUUAUUGAUUACAUUUACAUGGACUAAUGGGUCUUGUUUUUGUUUGAUUGUUUUUUAUCUCUUGUUUUGUAUUUAUGCGUAUAAAAACCUUAUCCCAAUAUCAGAAAUAGAAAUGAUUAUUUAUCCCAGUUUUUAGGAACCCAGUUUUGCCACCAGCAGACCUCCAAAAGAAAACAGUGAUACUGUGACAAACACACCCUACCCUGGUUUCUGACAGCUGCCAAAAACCUGCACAGGCACAGCCCCUGCGUGAUAUCAGUGAACAAACAGCCGCAACAACAAGGUCGUUUUGUUCUGGAUCAACAAGGAAACUGAGUUUUUUUUUUAAUCGGGGAGGUUUUACAUAACCUGAAGUUUAAACAAGAGGAGGCAUCAAAUUGCUGACUUGCUCAAGACUGUGGUGAAGAGGCUGCAGGACGACUGUUUCCUAACUGGAGAAAGUCAGGUCCCACUGGAAAAUACUGAGAUGGCUCUGAUUCAGCAGCUUUCAAAGUUUAUAAAACCAUGAAUGUAAGGCCAUGAAUACCCAGGUUUCUCUGUGUGCAUGCAAACACUUUAUUCUGAAUAUGAACGAAACCAGAACAAGGCUCACAACUGGGGAACAGAGAAACUCAUUGUCUGCCCAUCAACGUAAAAACCAAAAAUUACUGUUACUGAAACACAUUUAAACAACAAUCUACUCUCAGUGUACUGUGGUAGAAAACUAAGAUAGCCUGAGACGAGAUACUUUUCUUGUUUCAGCCUGUUUGAUAAAGUUCAAGACGAAAACACAAGAUAAUAAAAACUUUUACGGACUGUUUAUCUCCUGGGAGUGGUGCAGAGCUAAUGAGGAUAUCAGGCUGCUGUUGUUUCUUUGCAUUUGAUGAAAUACAAAAAAUUAACAAUAACAGUCAUUGUUCCAUACAGAUGACAAUUUAAUUCUAGUUAAAUAUAUAGUGGUAAUAUUUAAUACUAGUAAUAUAUAGUUAUCUCAGUCAGAAGCAUGUUUGAGAUGAAUUCUGAGUCAAUUCAUGAAAUAAGAAAAUGCACUGGGAUAUUAUACAGAUUUCAGAACAUGACAUUUUCAUAUCAAAGGCAAUAUUAAGCUUAACUAUUUUACAACAUAACAUAUUAUAUGUAUUUGACUCUUGUGAAGAGCUGAAGAGGACAGAGAGGAAGACAGGGGCUGUGUCUGAAAUGGGUCCCUAACCCCUAUAUAGGUGACUAUACCGGGGUUAGCGCCAUUUUGAGGGGUGUCCAAAACCUAAGUAAUCAAUUCCAAUGCCCUAUAUAGGCGACUCAAAAUUUCCCAUAUGGCAUUGCAAAAUGUAGUGACUAUCCGAUGGCCACUUGCCGGUGGUGGGCAUCCCGUCAUGCAUUCUGUCUCCAGUGGCAAUUCAAAGAUGCCUCAUGACGAGAGCAAGAAGAGACAGAACCCGAGCUCUAUUUGCCAUUUUCAGUGUAAGUUUUUUAUCUCCACUACACUUGCAAGUGAUCUGCACAUUUUUUGCUAAACAAUUGUUUGCUGCGUCAUGUAGUCUCGUGCACAAUAUGACGCAGCAAACAAUAUUCAGCACUAAAAUAUAAGGCCUUCUAAAUAAAUUAUUAAUUCAUUGUUUUUUUUCUAUUUUAUGUUAUUAUUUCACAAACAUCCUGGAAAAACAAAUACAUCUAUACAACAUCAUAAAAUUCAAGUGAUGUGAAAACAACAGCCGCAACUUCAGACGCGGCAGUCUGAGCAGUGACAUCACAACGGUGCACCAUGUAGUGUUCGAAACCUCCGGUGAUUGAGCUCACAACAUAGUCAGCUAUAUAGUGAAACCCCAUAUGGAGGUUAGGGGUUAGGGAUUGAAUGAUUCAUUUCGGACACAGCCAGGGGCUAUACACACACACUAGGAAACGAGCAACAGGUGAGGCUAACGAGACACAGGUGAAACUCAUGGGUGAUUAACGAAGGAGGGAAAACUGAGGAAGUAAAACCAGACUAGAAACACAGGGAAUAAACUACUACAGAAUAAAACAGGAAACACUGAAA